AUGAUGUUUACGGUGGAGGAUGAGGAGGAGUAUGAGAGGGUCAUGGAGGCGGAGAGGGAGAUGGAGAGGCAGAGGGAGAACUGCAGGCGGCGGAGAAGAAAGAAGAGGCCCCCGAAGAAGCCUCCGAUUGUGGAGGUGGAGCACGCUGCUGACGAGCAGGAAACGAAAUCUCAAACGGAGCAACUCAAAGAGUGGAUGGAUGACGAGCUGGAAUUUUUCGCAGGCCACCGUUGCAUCUGGGAACGCUCUAGUGGCAGCAAGGCCGGACGGUGCGGCGGCUUCGAAGAUAAAACCACAUUGAGUCCUAUGCAGUUUACGCACUGCAUACCCGGUAUCAUCCCGCCCCGUGCCGCUGUCACUGGGAGCACAUUGCAGAUCUACUCCUUCAAAAUUGUUGAACUAAGUGAUGACCUCAAAUGGCCACUCAGGGUGUAUGGUGUGGUCGCUGCCCGAGACACCGUGGACCGCAACCGCAACCUUCUCUUCGCUCGGUCAAGGAUUAGGUGCCAAGUACUCACUGAAAAUGACUCUUCUUUGUGCUUGACUGGCCCGUCUCGUGCAAUUCUAGCCGUAGACCCAGUCGACUUUGAAGUCGAACUAAAAAUACAUGAUGGAGGUGAUGAGCGCAAAGAUAGAGAAUUGAUCUGGGCUAUCAACCAUUACGACAUAGCAUACAACGGUGAGCAGCCAUCUUUAACCUUCCAUAGCCCAUUGUGUAGAGCAGAGUUGAGGCUUGAGCGACUUCCUACAACAGUCCAAGCCACUAUCUUGUCUGUUCAUGUUGUUGGAGGGGGGUCUCUUUUUAAAUCUGGAGGCCAAGUUUUUUGUUCAUCGUCUAGUGCAGAUAGUAGUGCUGCCAGACGUGAGAAGAUUGUGUUGCUUGAUUAUGUUGAAACAAAUUCAGCAGCAAAAAAUGAACGACAUCUAGAUGGCUACCUUCCCCUGUCAAGGAAUGUUGUUUCGGUAGAAUUUGGAGGAGGAUUGGAAGUUGUGGUAAAAGUCUAUGGGGGAUCUGGUUGUACAUGCGGUCAUGUUUACUUCCCUUUCCAGUAUUGCAACAUAAGCCAGGGUACAUGUUCCGUCUCUGGCUCUGAGGUGGAGAUGGUUGUUGCUUGGUCCCGGCUUGUCGGAGACAAGAUGGAUAUGUUGAUCGAAGGGUAUACUACCCAGGCAUAG